AAAAAACAAAGAGAAGAGAGAAAGAACUCAGGAAGCAGAUAUUUAUCAAACAGCAAAACUUUGUUAGUAAAACCUUUUAAAAUUUAUGACAUUAUGAAGUCUGAAGUGCAAAGAACAGCCGUUGAGCAUGUGGGGUACCUGUCUGUGUACCUGUCUGUGUACCCGCCUGACUGCCGGCUGUACCCGCCGCCCAAUAGAAAGUCUGCUCGCCGUGGGUUUGUCACGAGGACCGCGAGCGAUGGAUUUCAUGAAAUGUUCACCUGUAAGUGAAGUUAUCUCCAGCCACAGAGGCAGAGACACCUGAAAGUGUUGACACCUGUAGUAUUGCGUGUUGUUAUCAUCAAACGAUAUCGAAAGAAAAAAAAAAUUGGAUAUGAAUGUCUUGCUGGAUGCUGUGAAGUUUAAGAUCAAACCUUUGGUCCCGUCUUCAGAACACAAGCUGCACCUUCGCCGUUGAGUUUGAUCACUUUAUUCGACUUCGGUCCUGUGUGUCUGUUCAUCUCGCAGAAUGGCGGAGUACAGGCGCAUCAAACGACUGUUCUUCAUCCUGCUGGCCGGAUGUGUGGCUGUGUUGAUCAUCAUGUUGAACAUGACGAGUUCGCAUUUUGACAGGGGGCACUCUGACCUCAAGCCUUAUCCUCCUUCCCCCUCUCAGGGGAGACCACUCAUUCGUCUUCCUCGAAAAGACGCUGUUCAGCUAAGCGUGACUACAGCGACAACAACGACAACUAUAAAAACCAGAGCGACAUCUACAACAAAAAGAACGACAACCACAGCCACCAAAACUACAGCAACAGCAAGGAAGCAGGUUCCAGGCAGAACACGUGACGCAAACAGGGCUACGCAGCUAACCCGGGUACAAAAGACAGGAAACGGGUCAAAGGGCGGCACGGUGACCUCUGACCCCAUCCCUCACCUCAUGGCGUCUUACGCUACCACGAAUAUCUGGCCGGCGUACAACAUAACAAACAGUAGCGACCUUCCUCGCAAGCUCCUCCUUCUCUACAACCUUCCGCUGUUCGUCACCGCCAACGUGCCCUCUGACCUCGAGAAGUGUCACGUGAAGAACUGCGUUGCCACUACCAACCGUUCCCUGCUCCGCGAUGCAGAUGCUGUCAUGUACCAGCUGCAGUUCAUGUCGGAGCCCGAGGCCCCAUCAAACAGACCACCCGGCCAGAUCUGGAUAGGUCUGGGGAUGGAGCCACCCGUCAACUACCACUCCACGUACGGCAGAGAGUCGUGGAGGGCUGCCUUCAACUGGAGCGUGUCCUACCGGGAGGACUCCGACCUCUUCGACCCCUACGCGAUGCUGAAGCCGAGUCUGAUUCCCCCGGGAAAGAACUACACUCUGUCUGCCCUCAGGAAGAACCGAACCGCGGCGUGGUUUGUCGGUCAUUGCAAAACACAGAGUCGGCGGGAGGAGUACGUGCGGCGGAUGCAGGCCAUCAUCCCUGUGGACAUCUACGGCAGGUGUGGAACCCACGUGUGCCCCAAAAGUAAAGGGAGAGAGUGCAACGGUUUGCUCAACAACAUGUAUCGCUUCUACCUUUCGUUCGAAAACUCGUUCUGCAAGGAUUAUGUGACGGAGAAGCUGUUCAACAUCAUGGGGGGCAUGAACAUCGUGCCCGUGGUGAGAGGAGGGGCUGACUACAAGAAGUUCCUGCCGCCAGGCACGUACAUCGACGCGGCGGACUUCAAAAGCCCCGAGGACCUGGCCAGGUACCUGAAACACCUGGAGACAGACGUGGCGGCCUACAGCGAGUACCUGAGGCGCAAAGACCAGUACAGAACUGUCUUCAUGAGGCCUUUGAUAUUCUGUAAGCUGUGUGAGAUGCUACACUUCGACAAGAGGGUGCAGUGGUACCCGGAUAUUGCCAAAUGGACGACUGAUGGCAUCUGCAGGACGCCCACAGAUAUGUAGAUAUAAGAUGCUGAUGUAAACAACACACAUACAGGUGCACAUUGGAGCAUAUAAACAUAGAAAUGCACCUAGAGAUAAAAGAAAACAGACAGAAAGACAGACAGGAGUGAAAAUACAGUAAGAUAUAGACCUACACACAGGAUUAUACCAGCUCACCCGAAAUGUAUUCAUGUGUAUGUUCGUGCGUUUGUGUGUGUUAUACAUAUAUACACUGUAUGUGCUUAUGUAUACGAGUGUGUUUUCGUCUGUGUACAUACAUCUGUGUGCAUGUUUGUGUGUGUGUGCGCUCGCCUGCGGGUAUACAUGUAUAUGUGUUUUAUGUACCUGUACAGUAAAAACCGUUUCAGUUGCUCAUGUUGUUCACACUCUGCUGAGACAGAAUCAAAUAUCUCAUAGUAAACAAAUCCUGAUGGUUGUUGUUCAGUAUUCAAUGUUUUUCUCCGCAUUGCUCUAUGUCUGCUGUAUAAUAUGUACACAAUAAAAUCUUUUCAUCAACUGCU